AUGCUAUCCUCAUACGCCAUUCUUAUCUUUCUUUGGUUAUCCGAGGCUCUCUGCAGCACAUUCGACUACAUCGUCGUUGGCGGCGGCACAUCAGGCCUUGCACUGGCCGUCCGCCUCGCCCAGUCGCAUUCGGUCGCAGUCGUCGAGGCCGGCACCUACUACGAGAUCAGCUAUCCCCUUGCGAAGACUCCAGGCGCCGACGUCCUGCCUGUUGGUUCCGACCCGGAUGCGACCAGCGGCGCCGACUGGGGACCGAGCAGAGAGGCAUUGGACAAGUGGGCGGAGGCCGUCGACGACCCCAGCUACGCCUUUGACAAUGUCUUGCCGUACUACCAGCGCAGUGCUGCCUUUACCCCUCCAAACCUUGCCCGGAGACUGGCGAAUGCGACGACGUUGUACAAUAGCAGUGCCUUUGACCCUGCUGGUGGCCCGUUACAGGUGUCAUUCACCGACUUUGUCCAGCCAUUCUCGACCUGGGUCGCACGCGGCAUGGAGGGCAUUGGUCUGCCGCAAUCAUCUGAGUACAACAACGGCGAGCUGGAGGGAUACCACUACUGCAUGUCGACGAUCCGUCCGCAAGACCAGUCACGCAGCAGCUCUCAGGCCGCUUUCCUCCCGGGUCUACUUCCCUCGAAUCUCCGACUCUACAAGAACGCGCUGGCGAAGCGGAUCCUGUUUGACGAGGACAAGAACGCUGUUGGCGUCGAGAUUGACAAGGUUGGCAUAUCCACGACUCUGCGGGCUACAAGAGAGGUUGUCGUCUCCGCUGGUGUCUUCCAGUCCCCUCAGCUGUUGAUGGUAUCUGGCAUCGGCCCGAGAGAGCACCUGGAGCAACAUAAUAUACCCGUCAUAUCGGAACUGCCUGGCGUUGGACAGGGCAUGCAGGACCACCCCUUCUUCGGCCCCAGCUAUCGAGUCGCCGUUGAGACAUUGACCAGGCUGGCAAACAAUCCCGAGUACCUAGUGCAAGAGUAUCUUCGCUGGCUCAAACAGCACGAGGGAGUCUUGUCCAGCCCGAUCGCCGACUUCCUGGCAUGGGAGAAGAUCCCGGACGAUUUGAGAACAGGCUUUUCUGAAGGGACGAGGCACAAUCUGUCACUGUUUGGGGAUGGGUGGCCGGAAGUGGAGUACCUGUCAGGAGCAGGAUACGUGGGCAACGUCUCCGACUUCUAUUACGACCAACCAGACGAUGGAUACGAAUAUGCUUCUAUCCUCGCGGUACUUACAGCCCCAACGUCUCAGGGUACGGUUACUUUGGCGUCCGACGACACGUGGGACCUCCCGAUCAUAGACCCGAAUUGGCUGGAGACGGAGUCGGACCAGCAGUUGGCUGUUGCAGCGUUCAAGCGAGUCAGGCAAGCGUUUGCUAGUGAUGAUAUGAAUCCGGUGGUCAUCGGCGAGGAAUACGACCCAGGGCCGCAAGUGCAAACGGACAAGGAAAUCUUAGACUGGAUACGGAACAACGUGAUGACUCUUUGGCAUCCGUCGCGAACUUGCAGGAUGGGGACACCCGACGACCGCAUGGCUGUUCUUGACAGCAGGGCUCGUGUCUACGGGGUCAAUCGGCUACGAGUCGUAGACGCUAGCUCAUUCCCGUUUCUUCCACCGGGGCAUCCUCAAGCUACGUGUUACAUGCUGGCCGAGAAGAUCGCGGACGACAUACUCUUGACGCAGCAGGAACUUACGAGGACGGAUCUAUGA